AGCUACAUCACUGAAUAUUAAUUGUCAUUGUCACUUUGUAAUCUUUGCUUCCAUACAAAACGACGCGGCUUUUAGCAAUUCGCGGCUUUUAGUUCAUUAGUACUAAAAUAAAACACAAAAAUGGCGGCGGCUAUGCCUAUUAACCCUAAACCAUUCCUCAACAGCCUUACGGGCAAGUCAGUUCUUGUUAAAUUAAAGUGGGGUCACGAAUAUAAAGGCUUAUUGGUUUCAGCAGAUGGAUACAUGAACUUACAACUAGCCAAUACAGAAGAGAUUGUUGAUGGAUCUUGUACAGGUAAUCUUGGUGAAGUUCUUAUAAGAUGCAAUAAUGUGUUAUAUGUUAGAGGAGCGGAAGAAGAAGAUGAAGAAGGUGAAAUGAAAGAAUAAAUUUAGAUAUAAUUUGU